GUACCAUCCAACACAUCCUCACUCCCAACUCGUAACAUAUUGACGCUUGGUCAGGAGCCCUUUGCAUCAAUACUAUACGCACAGGGUACCCCUUUAGCGUUAUUUUUUGACGUCCUGGGUUUCCCAAUGACUUCUAUAGGAACGCCUGCGGCGUUGACAUUUGAUGUGAUAAGCACGGGUAAAAUGAGAAUAAAAAUAGGAAUAAAAUAAGCAUAAAAUAAAGAUACAAUAAAUUAGUUAUGGCAGGGAUUGUCAUACUGUUUUUAAGGUGCUGCGAUUAUGUUUGGUUAUUCAAUGAUUAAUCAUUGCAAACGCAAUGCAAUGCAAUUAACAUUUUACAUUAUAUUUAUUUAAUUAUUUGUUUGUUUAUUUAUUUAUUGGUUGGUUGGUUGGUUUAUUGAUAGAUUUUUAUUUUAGUUUUUUUUAUUAAUAAAUCCAACAAUUACUACCGCUGACGUCACUGUAAAGCGCGAUCCAUUGCGAUUUUACACUUGGUCCUUCAAAUUUGUCAGCUGCUAACAUUCUCCUUUAUUUCAACACCAUUUCUCACACACACACACACACACACACACACACACACACACACACACACACACACACACACACACACACACACACACAAACCAAAGGCACUUUUAAGAGCCACGUCUGUCUUGUUAGUCUGUACUUGCUCUCUGUAGCUCACUUGCUUACUUGCCCAUUUCUUUAUCUUGUUCACUCUUUCACUCUCUCUCUAUCUCUCUUUCUCACUCUCUCUCUUUGUCUGUUUACAUCUGUAGUUGUCAUAUCUGUCCAUCUUCGAUGUGAGUCUUUCUGUCUGUUUGUGUUUCUUGUUCAUCACAAUGAAUGAUUCAGAACUCCAAGAAGAGUUAUUGAAUCUGGAUACCCUGGUUGAUCAUCAUGAACUCAAUAAUGAGCUUCAAAGUCUUGAUGAUUUCGUUGGUGAGCUGCAGCAAGAGGAGGAAGCAGCACCGGUAAAGCCAACUGAACCAAGGGUGCAUUGGAGAAAAAGAGACAUUGACGGCAACACUGUCUAUGCAAGACCAAGGUCAAGCAGGAAUCAGUCAAAUCAGACUGAUCACGUUCGCAAAACUGAUCCUCCCAUGACUGUUUCUGACACUAACUGUGAGGUGACUUUUGCUCCAGAGACUGUUGAGUGUUUUCUGCAAGAUCUCCAGCACUCUCUUAUCGAUACCUCAGAUGAUGAGGCAUCACCUUCUGGAACCUCAACAGAUCCUCUCCAGGCUUCCUCGAACUGGAGCAUGCGACAGAGUCUCCUUUCAGAGAGAUGGAGGGCAGAAAGACCCCAUCUAGUGAACAUUACAGUUGAACAAGAAAAUGUGGGAGCACACAUCUGUCAACAUUGUGGGAGCAAUCCAGCUGUUGUCCGAUGUGGUGACUGUCGACCCCGACCCUUUUUCUGUGACCAAUGUGAUGUGAGCAGGCACACCAUUCAAGUCCUUCAUAACAGAGAUGCCAUGACAGCUGGAUUCUUUCAACCAUUGUCUCCAACAACUUUCAUUGUGGAUAAGGCAUUGUCUGAUUGUGUACGGCUUGUACCUGUGGAGAUACCUGACAAAAUCUGUAGUUGCUCUCCACGGUCAUUAAAGUUCAUCGCAGGAAAGGCUGUUGCUGUGGUCACAAUAAAUGGACGCCAUGAUCUUAACAUGCCUGAGUUAAGCUGUGAGGCAUGUCAAGCCAAAUGGGUUGCUGGAGUGGCUGACCUGAUAAGAAGUGGCUACUGGCCUGCAACUCUUCAUUUUGCCACAAUCUAUGCAACAGAUGUCUUUAUUUCAUUUGAAGACAUGAAGAUGGCAGCACCAGGAAUGUCAUGUCAAGCUUUUUUAAGAAUGUUGGAUAAGCGAACUGAACACUUUGGUCGUAGUGGUAAGAUCUCGCCUGAUAGCUUUCAGAAAAGUUUUUUUGAAUGGAAGGCUGUGCAAUAUGAGGUGGAAAACAUCUGCAAGGAAGAGCCCUUCAUCUGUCCUGCGUGCACACCAUCUAUGCUUGCGGUUUCAGUAGAUGGAAAUCGCAAGCAUUACCGUUUCAAGAAUGCAGCUAGAUCGGAGGAACAGGCCAUUUUUGAAGGUGUUUUUAUAGCUCGGGAUGAAGAUGUGACAAGAUUUGUGGAUUACAUUCACCAAACAACCAAGCAUGUCAGUGGAAGAGGUGUUUGCGGAGGGGAGUGGUCAGCAGCCAGAGAAACCUCCCAAAGAUCUGCCAGCAAGGUAGACGAGGAAGGAUUAGAGCUUGCGGUGUGUCAGCAUGGAGUGCUUCUCCAUGCUUUAAAUAUGUACAGGGGGGAAAUUUUUGCAUACCCCCUGUAUUUGCAGGAAAAGCUGUCCAGUAGGCAAAUCACUUUUUUUGUAUGGAUGUGACCUGUAAAUAUUGGCCCUACCUUCAAAAAGUGUCAAGAAGCUGCCCAGAGCUCCAGCACCUUCUUGACAUGAAGCCCUUCGUCUCAGUUUUUCAUGCGAAAGCACAUGAUUUUAAGUGUGAGGUGAAGUGGAGUGGGGCUUAUCAGGAUGGGGCUGGUUUAACUCUUGGGGAGGAGGUGGAACAGUGUAAUGCUUUCCUCUCUAGAAUUGCAGUGACUACAAAGCAUAUGUCAAAAGCAG